AUCUUCUUUCCCUUUUCUUUACCUUUAUUCCUCAAUGACUAUUUCUACCGAACUUGGAGCACAGCGGUUGCUGGUUCCAACCACUUUGGAGAAAACACACACCGUCAAGAAUGUGAGUGGCUACAAUGCCAACGUGUUUCCUGGCAAGGAGGAACAGAUGGUCAGCGUCUGUGAUUUCCUUUCCGGCGUAGGCUUUUUACCCAAGGAUCUUGUCCAAAAUGAAGUCUCUUGGUUCUAUGGAAACCUUGGUAUUGACGAUUACUACUUUGCCCUGGAAACUGUGGAGACCAUUGCAAACCAUAUCAUGGCCCUCUACGGUGCAAAGAUUCUUGCAUAUACUCGACACGAAAGUGUGUUGGACAUCAACUUGGAGAGAGAAACCGAUGAUGCUACGGUGUAUAUCCACUCGUCUAAGCCUGGUGUGUCUCAGCUCAGUGGACCCAAGUAUGAAAAGAGAAUCGAUGAGAAGUACCUCGAUGCUAGCGUUCGUACCUUGGCGUACCGUCUCGAAUCCUAUCGAUCCAACGGAACAGUGUCGUCAAGCAUGACAUCACAACUUCGUUGCUACUUUGUGACAAAGUGCCAGUUUGUCAAUGAGAACCCCACACCAGAACAAGAAACUGAUAUCCGACAAGUGGCAGAUGUUACCUUUUUGAAGAAGGCCACCGACCACACGCUUCAAGUGUACGAAGAGGUGAUGAACAACGUUCUUCAAAGAACCGGCCCUGUUAUAGAGAUGUACCAAGUCGAGGGUAGUCGCGAACAUAGACUGGUCAUUGGUUAUAGACAGCGAAGUACCCAAAACUUCUUCUCUGCUAUGUCUGAUUUAUACCAUUACUACAAUCUGUAUUCUACUCGCAAGUAUGUCGAACAAUUUUCCAAUGGCGUUACCAUCAUGAGCUUGUAUUUGAAUCCUGUUCCCAAUGCCCGUGGCUUCCCUAUCGAACACUCCAUUCACCAAGUCAUUAAGGAAACUUCCUUGAUCUACUGCUUGCCAAAUACUCCUUUGCAAUCCUUCUUCCAAAGCAACCAAUUGUCCGUUCAAGAGACCGUGUACGGCUAUGUAUGCUGGAUUUUCUGUCAACAUUUCCUCAACCGCUUGGGUUCGGAGUACUUGGCUCUUACUACUAUUCUUGAUCGCACCAACCCCAUCCAUGAAGAGGUGCUUAACAAGAUGAAGAAGCGCUUGCGUCAAGAGACUUUCACUCGUGAAUAUAUCUUGGAUAUCAUUUCUCAGUAUCCCGAAUUAAUCAAGCUCUUGUAUGCCAAUUUUGCUACUGUCCACUACGUCAACCAACGUGAGGCUACUCUCCAACCUACUCUUUCUUAUCAACGCUUGAGCACCCAAGAAAUCUUGACGGAAGAUCAACUUCGUGACAAGAUUAAGCAUACCACCUCCAAUGCGCACGAACAAAUGGUCCUGGAAUCCUUCCUUGUGUUCAACAAGCAUGUUCUCAAGACCAACUUCUAUCAAUCCACCAAGGUUGCUCUCUCCUUCCGCAUGGAUCCCAGCUUUUUGCCUGAGAUCGAGUACCCUAACAAGGUAUAUGGUAUGUUCCUGGUUGUCGGUUCAGAGUUCCGAGGUUUCCACGUGCGUUUCCGAGAUGUGGCCCGAGGCGGUAUUCGUAUUAUCAAGUCCCGCAACACUGAAGCCUAUUCCAUCAACCAACGUACCUUGUUUGAUGAAAAUUACGCACUUGCUGCCACCCAGCAACGCAAGAACAAGGAUAUUCCUGAAGGUGGUUCCAAGGGUACCAUUCUCCUUGACAUGGAUCAGCAAGACAAGCCUCGCGUUGCCUUUGAGAAGUAUGUCGAUUCCGUUUUGGAUCUGUUGAUCAUUGGAAAGACUCCUGGUAUCAAGGAAACCUUGGUCGACCGUUAUAAGAAGCCUGAGAUUCUCUUCUUUGGCCCUGAUGAAGGUACUGCCGACUAUAUGGACUGGGCUUCUGCACACGCUCGUCGUCGCAAUGCCAGCUUCUGGAAGGCCUUCACUACCGGAAAGAGCCAAAGCCUUGGUGGUAUCCCCCACGAUCUCUUUGGUAUGACCACCCGCUCUGUCCACCAAUAUGUCUUGGGUAUCUAUCGCAAGCUCGGUCUUCAGGAGGAGGAAUGUACCAAGUUGCAGACCGGUGGUCCAGAUGGAGAUUUGGGAUCCAAUGAAAUCAAGAUUUCCAAAGAUAAGACCACUGCUAUUGUCGAUGGCUCUGGUGUCCUCUAUGACGAAGAAGGUAUUGAUCGUGAGGAGUUGACCCGACUUGCCAACGCUCGUCUCAUGAUCAGCAACUUCAACCCUGAAAAGCUCAGCAGUAAGGGAUUCAAGGUCCUUGUCGAUGAAAACAAUGUCAAGUUGCCUAACGGUAUGGUCGUUGAUAACGGUUUGCAAUUCCGAAAUACUUUCCAUGUCAAUGAACUCUCAUCUGCCAUGAUCUUUGUGCCUUGUGGUGGCCGACCCGAAUCUGUUGAUCUCGGUAAUGUUACCAAGUUGUUGGAUCAAGAUGGCGUUCCCCGAUUCAAGUAUGUUGUUGAAGGUGCCAACUUGUUCUUCACUCAAGAAGCUCGUCUUCGUCUGGAAAAGAACGGUGUCGUCAUCUUUAAGGAUGCUUCUGCCAACAAGGGUGGUGUCACCUCAUCCUCCCUUGAAGUCCUUGCUGCCUUGGCUUUCAACAACGAAGAGUUUGAAGAGCACAUGUGUGUCCGUGAUGGAAAGGUCCCUGCUUUCUAUGAAGCCUAUGUUAAGGAAGUGCAAGAAAUCAUUGAGCGCAACGCUGCUCUUGAAUUUGAGGCUUUGUGGCGAGAACACAACAUCAGCAAGGCCCCUCUCUCUAUUCUCUCUGAUGAUUUGUCUAUUGCCAUCGUUCAACUCAAUGAACAACUCCAACAUAACUCAUUAUGGAACAACAUUGAGCUCCGUCGCAUUGUCCUUGAAGCAGCUUUCCCCAACCUUCUUUUGAAGCAACUUGGUUUGGAGACUCUUUUGCAACGUGUGCCUGAAAGUUAUGUCCGUGCUAUCUUUGGUGCUUCCUUGGCAUCUCAGUUCGUCUACAAGUACGGCCCCAACCCAAGUCAAUUUGCCUUCUUUGAGUUCAUGAACAGCUUUACUUCCACCAAGAACUAAUGCAUCUGCGCCAUUGUCACUAUACACACAUUUCCUACCUCUUCCGCUUACACUGUAAAAAAAAAAGUCCGUCAAUCAAUUUUAAAUCUCAUCAUCCACUCCUCACUGCAAUAAACAUUUUUGCACCAUGUUUUAUUUUUUUACCGAGAAGUUUCGUCUUAAUUUAUUGAAGAAAAAUCUUUCAAUCGAUGGUCAUUGAU